AUGGCUUUUGAAAAUAGCGACAACCACAAAGAUCAACAAUUGGGUCAGCACAUUCAUUUUUCUCCUCCAAAGCCACCACACUCUCCAAAGAAACCUUCACCACUUAGACAAUGCCAACGACUCUCAUCUAUACCCGACUAUGACAAAAUCAACAACUUGAGCUUACACGACGAUGAUUCAGCCACUUACUUACAAGAUCUCCGAAACAACCGCGUCGCCCGACUAAACGGCUCAAGACCACCACCACCCUCGAGAAUCGCAAGCAAACGUCAACAGCAGCGACCGACAUCUACCGACGACGCCAUUCCGACUACAACCAACAAACCAGCUUCCACUACCGCACAUGCCCGUCAAAAGAGCCUUGAUUCGACCGAUCGCGGAGUAUUCGCUGGUCGCCCUCUUGUGGCGCAACCAGGAUCGUUCACGCUGACGAAGUCGACAUCUCUGGUCUCCCUACCGUUACACGAGGUCAUCGAAGAGCUGAACUUGGACGAGGAACAACGUAUUCAUGCAGCCGCUCAAGAUGAGGCUGCUGAGUUGGUCUGGAAGCAUCGCACUGGUCACGAUCCCGAGAAAGAACGCGCCUCUGCAUACACAAACCCAGACGUAGAUCCCAAGGCCGCGCGAAAAGAUUACCGGGCGCAUCUUCGUACCACAAGCAAAGACAGGAUCGAAAGUCGUCAUUUGUCUACCAGUCGUCCGGCGAUCAGUGACUCACCAACCUCUGGCUCCAAACGACGACCUAGUGCAGAAGUCAGGGCGGGGUUCAUGAGCCCAACCGACAAGAUCUACGAAGAACCGGAUGAACAACUGAAGGAAGCAAGAGCUGCAGAAGUACAAAAGACGACAGCAAAGGUUGAGCCUAAGUCAGAAGAGGUUCCACGUCAUGUUCGCAGGAAUCCUUUUGCUCGAGUGCGAUUGGCGCAAGAGAAGUUCGAAAAGAAGGAAUCCCCGUCUGGCUACUCAGCCAAGAAAAACGACGACAGAGAGAUCGAGAUUCAAAGAAACCCGCCUUCGCAAUCCCGAAAAGCUUUCUACACAGUCAACGACUCUGCGCCAGCUUCGCCCAGUCUCCCACCUCAGGUUGUACCCGAGAAGGCUGUCGAGGACAACGCAAAGAUCAAGGACGGCAAAGAAAUCCGCGGCGAUGACAUACGCUCUGCAACCGCCAUGAAACGCAAAGACAGAAGUCCGAAUCUUCCUCAACCAACCGCAGUUAGCGAUAGUCCUGGUAGACCCAUUGUCAGUUUCCAAUCAGGAUGGAAACCCAGGGAAAUUCAACUGGUAGAGGAGAAAUCGAUAGCUCUUCCAGAGUCUAAGAUUCCUACUGAGAUGCCCACAAUCUCAGUCAUGAGGGCCGACAUUCCCAUGAUCGUCGUCCCAGAUGAUUCCAGCUCAAGCCCGUCCAAAACGCUUUCCGAAGAGCCAGACAUUCCUGGAAUAAGUCUUUCCACAGAUAUCACCAACUCCCCUUUCUCAAAACGCCCCCUACCAACUCCUACGCCUUCAUCUGCUCGUCCACUUCCUGUUCCCUGCAAGACGUCGCCAUAUCCAGCAGUCGCCAAACCUCAUAUGACCCCGUCUGUGAGGAGAACCACAGCUUUGUGUGCCCAUUGUGCAUUGCCCAUAGCAGGGCGCAUCUUGAGUGCCGCAGGCGAACGCUUCCAUCCUUCAUGCUUCAAGUGCCACGAAUGUGAUAUCAAUCUCGAGUGUGUCGCGUUCUAUCCGGAGCCGGACAAGAAGCGAGCAGAACGGCUGGCUCGUAUUCAACAACGUCAACAAGGUCUUGAUGUCUAUCUUCCUGCUGGCGUGACUGACGAAGACGUAAGGAGGCUAGAGGAGCAAGAUGGCGAUGAAUCGCUCCGAUUCUUCUGUGGGUUAGACUUCCAUGAGUUCUUCAGCCCUCGUUGCAAGAGCUGCAAGACCCCCAUCGAGGGCGAGGUAGUUGUUGCUUGUGGAGCAGAAUGGCACGUUGGCCAUUUCUUCUGUGCACAGUGUGGUGAUCCUUUCGAUUCGACCACACCUUUUGUCGAGAAGGAUGGAUACGCUUGUGCAAAAUGCCGUAAAUGCAGACGUCCCGUCACACAGAUUGUCGUCAAGGCCUUAGGUGCUGACUGGCAUGCUGGCUGUUUCUGCUGCACUGAAUGUGGUAAUGGCUUCGAUGAUGGCAGGUACUUCCUCAGAGGCAAUAACCAAGAUCCCGUUUGCGUAAGGUGUGAAGAGCGGAGACUGAAAGCAUAG